UGUCGGAGGUUACAGAGCGCCAGAGAGGGCAGAGAAAGAGUUGUCAGAGAAGAAGACGUUGGAUUUAUAAUAAACACAAAUCAUAUUUCCUGGGGAUAAAGCGGAUUAUUCAUAAAAGGAGAGGAAGAUAAGCCGAGAAAAGAGUGCAACCAUGGCUUCACACAACGUGAGCGGAUUGAAACGGGAUGAGAAGGGGAGAAACAUCCAGGUCGUAGUCAGAUGCAGACCCUUUAACACAGUGGAGCGAAAGUCCUCCUACGGGGUGAUGGACUGCGACUCCAACAGGAAGGAAGUGGUCGUGAAGACAGGAGGGAUGAACGACAAGGCGGCACGAAAAACCUACACUUUUGACAUGGUAUUUGGUCCAGCAGCAAAGCAGAUUGACGUCUACAGGAGCGUCGUUUUCCCCAUUCUGGAUGAAGUCAUUAUGGGAUACAACUGCACUGUUUUUGCUUACGGGCAGACAGGUACAGGAAAGACGUUCACUAUGGAGGGAGAGAGGACUCCAGACGAGCAGUUCACCUGGGAGGAGGACCCUCUGGCCGGUGUCAUCCCCAGAACGCUGCACCAGAUCUUCGAGAAGCUUUCGGAGAACGGCACAGAGUUCUCCGUCAAAGUGUCUCUGCUGGAGAUCUACAACGAGGAGCUGUUCGACCUGCUGAGCACCGGGGACGACGUCACCGAGCGGCUGCAGCUCUUCGACGACCCGCGGAACAAGCGCGGCGUGGUGGUGAAGGGUCUGGAGGAGGUGACGGUUCACAACAAAGACGAAGUGUAUCAGAUCCUGGAGAGAGGGUCAGCCAAGAGGAGGACGGCCUCCACGCUCAUGAACGCUUACUCCAGUCGCUCCCACUCGGUGUUCUCGGUCACCAUUCACAUGAAGGAGAUCACUCUGGAUGGAGAGGAGCUGGUGAAGAUCGGAAAACUCAAUCUGGUGGAUCUCGCCGGCAGUGAGAACAUCGGGCGUUCAGGAGCAGUGGAUAAACGAGCUCGAGAGGCGGGGAACAUUAACCAAUCUCUGCUGACGCUCGGCCGCGUAAUCACGGCGCUGGUCGAGAAACGCCCCCACAUCCCCUACAGAGAGUCUAAGCUGACCCGCAUCCUGCAGGAUUCUCUGGGAGGACGAACAAAAACCUCCAUCAUCGCCACCGUGGCGCCGUCCUCCAGCAACCUGGAGGAGACUCUGAGCACGCUGGAGUACGCCAGCAGAGCCAAAAACAUCAUGAACAAACCCGAGGUCAACCAGAAACUCACCAAGAGGACGCUCAUCAAGGAAUACACGGAGGAGAUUGAGCGUCUGAAGCGAGAUCUGGCUGCGACUCGAGACAAGAACGGAGUCUAUAUGUCUUCAGAGAACUACGAGUCUAUGAUGACUCAGAUCAACUCUCAUGUGGAGCACUCGGUCGAGUACAGCGAACGGAUUGCUGUCAUGGAGGAGGAGAUCAAGAAGGUGAAUGAGCUGUUUGUUGACAGUAAAACAAAGCUGGAGCAGUGCAGCGUCGACCUGGAUGAGAAGCAGCAGAGGCUGGAGGAGACGAGUAAAGAUCUUCUGCAGACCCAAGAGAAGCUGACUGAGGAGGAGUUUAUCAGCUCUGAGCUCAGCGAGGCGCAGGAGUCCCUGUACAACACAGCCGGACAGCUGCUGAGUACAGUGGACGCCAGCACCAGCGAUGUUUCGGGUCUGCAUGAAAAGCUGGACAGGAAGAAAAAGGUGGAGCAACACAACAGUGAGAUCCAGCAGAGCUUCUCUCAGCGCAUGGAGGGGGCGUUCAGCAGCAUGCAGCGCUGCGUUCAGGAGCACGGAGACAAACAGCAGCACAUGCUGAGUGGCUACUCUCAGGCCAUCGACGGCGUGGUGGUGAUGAACGAGGCGGCGCUAAAAGGCGCUCUGACCACCGUGGAGUCGUUCGUGGGGGGUGUCGGGCAGCUGGUGUCUGCGGGCGUGAGUCGCUGUCAGGACAAAGUGAAGCAGCAGGAGGCGCUGUGUCUGCAGGACAAGGAGAGCCUGCUGCAGCUGCUGGAGGAGCACCGGCAGGACAUGGAGGAGGUGCUGGCGACUCGCACUCUGAUGGGUCUGUCGGCUGUGAAGGAGCUCAGCGACACUCUGAGGGUUACCGUGGAGACGCAGCGAGAUCUGGCCGACAAGGUGGAGGCGAUGAAGGAGCUGGCGGUGGUCUUCAGCGGGCUGGUGGGGCAGCUGGGGGGGAUGAAAGAGGAGGCGCUGCAGAGUCUCAGCUCUCUGCAGGACGAACACAACAAGCUUCAGGAGCAGAUCAGAGCGGCGCAGGACAAACACCAGGCGGGUAUGAAGCAGACCAUGCAGUUCCUACAGGAUCAGCUGGGUCUGAUCUCCAUGGAGACGCAGAGCGACUUCAGCGGGCUGUACUCGUCCUCCAGCGCUCUGCAGAGACCUCUGACCCUCCUGCAGGACAACAUCAGCAGCGGCUGCAGUGCGGUGGAGCUCCAGGCCUCGGCUCAGGCGGACCUCCUCUCCUCCGCCUCCUCCUCGCUCUCCUCCGCUCUGCGUCUGAACGCUGAGGAGAAGCACGUGGCGCUGCAGGAGCUGACGGGCUACUGCUCGCACCUCCACGGCUCCGUGUCCGGUCUGGUGCAGCGGGACCUCCAGUGGAGCUCCAGAAUCGGGGAGCACGCAGAGACGCAAGCCCAGGAACACCUGUCGCUGCUGGGGGAGACUUCCAGUGAAGCGCACGCCCUCCAACAGAGCGUGGAGACUCGCUGUGCGGACCAGCUGCGCUCGGCUCAGGAGGAUCUGACGGGUCGGCAGGCGGGGGUGCAGCGGGCUCUGGAGGUGGUGCAGGAGCAGACCUGCAGGGACCGGGACGUCCUGGGCCAGCAGCAGGAGGACCUGAGGGAGGGUGUGGAGACGAGCCAGCAGCUGGUGACCGGCUUCCUGCAGGAGGAGCUGCAGCAGGACGUCCCCACCGGUGCCACCCCUCAGCGUCGGGAGUUUGUGUAUCCCCGGCGGCUGGAGAGGUCGAGGAGCCGCGUGGCGCUGCUGGAGAGCAUGAGGCGGCAGCAGGAGGAGCUGCAGGCCGCCAUCGAGGAGGAGGAGGAGGACGACGAGGAGGAGAAGCGCAGCCUGGUUGAUCACGACUCUCUGGAGGAUCUGAGCACGUGCAACGAGAGUCUGGCCACCGAGCCGUCCUUCAUCGACGAGAACCUAGUCUUCAACGAGAGCAAACGCGUUCCCUUCUUCAAGCACAAGAAAGGCGCUAAGAAGGAAAUGAAGAUCCCCCUGAAGGAAAAAGUGCCAGAAAACGAAUCAACGCCGCAGAAAUCCAGACUGCCCCUCCGCUCUCAGAACUAAAACAUUUAAAAUAUAUUCUUCUUAAUCCAUAUUAUCAUCGUCUUUCCUGUGUUGGUUUUAUGUUUGUAUUUUUGUCUUCUAAAUAUAAAUUUGUUGUUUUAGUAACGUAGUUGUCUCGACAUUUCCAAGUAGCUUGUAGAAUUAAAGAGAUUUUAUACUUGUU